GGUACCUUGCAAAGUUUCUUUGCUAAAGGAGCUAUGAGAGGAAGCAUACAGACUGCUGUUCCUACCUCCUUUUCUACUUACUGCCCUAUUCGGACAGCAAUUAUCAUGACGAACGCUGACGCACUUCCUCGUUGGCUGAAGAGUCUUUACCCAAAAGAUGUUUUUUGGAUGCAGCAAGGAAGAAAAUUUGGCUAUUGUCCCAUCAUAUUUCUUCCCCAGGUAAAGAGGAAGUCAUGGGUUAUAAAAAUUAUUCCCAGACAGUCUAACCAUAAAAUAACUAAAAUAUAAAUUCUUAAAGUGCUUCAAAUGCAUUUGUUUUUAGAAGUAAAAAAUGCAAAUAAUUAUGGCAAUAAGGAUUGAAGAAAAAAUUUGAUACAUACUCAAAUUUACAAUAUAAUAUGCUACAGCAAAGACCAUGAGCAUCUGAACAUGAACUAAUUGUUUAGCAUGAAAAUACAGUUGACAAAAUUGUCUGUGUGCAGUUUGUAUCUUUUUAAAAGAAUUGUCAUAAAAUGUCCUCAAUACACUCUUAUGUUUAUAAUAAACUGUUUGCAGAUAUCCUACCUGUUACAUUUGACAUGUUGCUUUAGAGUUCAAUAUGUGUUUAGAUACGUGUGGCUGCUUUAAUGUGUUGCUUUACAGGAAAGUGUUGUAAAUUGUUCAAACUUUAGAGAGAAGAUUGUACCAGCCGUUACACCAUUACUGUCAGAAUUCCAGUUCCAGAGCUCCAUGGUGAUCUGGUUUCAGAUUACACCUUGCUUGUUCCAGGUUUCCAUGGUACCAGAGUUUAUUUGUUAAGUUGGACAACAUGUCUUUGUUUGGUUCUGGUAAAACCCAAGCAGAGGUCUCAAACUGUGUCAAAAUGAUAAAAGGUGGAAAACGUUACUUUGCAGUGGGCAAUGGUGGCCAAUGGUUCGUCCAUCCAGAUUGUUCAGAAAGUCAGUCUAGGUCUCGUGAAGCUUGUACAACCUCUGGUGCUAUGCUGAGUGAGGUUAAGAAGUUGUUGCCUGAAGAUUUGCACUUAGAGCGCUAUCCUAAAUGGAAAGUUCAGCAGCAAUCCAGAAAGUAUCCAGUGUCGUGUCAUGACAACAAGUUUGCCUCAAAAAGCGACAUCUCUGUCUUCUCUGAUGGUGUAGGAAGAAGGAAGUUUCCUGAUGAUCUUUGUCAGAGCAAAUCUCAAUUCCACCUUUGUCACGAUUCAGCUGAAAACCCCACUGAAGGAGCGAGAGGCAGCUUCUCUACAUACCAAACUGACUUCACUUCAGUGGAGGCCAUCAAUGUUCCAAACUGGACCAGGAGAUUUCCUCACAACCACAAAUUAAGGUCAGCCCAGGCUGUCGUGAGGAGAGCAGAGGAGCAGUUUGUGUGGUCUGGACAAGACAAAUCCAACAUCCGAGAGAGUAUGGAGGUGCUGGCAGUUGCCAACCAUUCAUCAAAGACCUGACUUACUUCCACAUUAAGGACACAGAUAAAUGCACAAUUAAAAAGUUUAGGUGGCUGGAAUAAAAAAAUUCAAUGGAUUUUAUUUCAACGACACUUGAUGACAUACUUGAGGUGGUAAAAGGUGGUAACUCUGUAACAACACUUAGGAUGGUAAAAGGAAAAAUAUGCCAACAUGGUGCAAUACUGUAAUUGCAAUUAA